AUGCCCUCUGCUUCUUUAUUAGUUUAUUUGCUUUCAGCAUUACUCAUUCAUUUCACAUCUGGGGAAACAGAAGUGAAGUUCAGUGGACAAACAGAAUUUGUAGUCAAUGAAACAAGUACAACUGUUAUACGUCUUGUAAUUGAAAGGACAGGGAAGCCUGCUAACAUCACAGCAAUUGUAUCGAUUGAUGGAGAAGACACAGGAGACUUUUUUGAUGCAUAUGCAGCUGCAUUUAUACCUGAAACAGAAACAAACCGAACAGUGUAUAUAUCUGUCUGUGAUGAUGAUCUUCCAGAGGCUGAUGAGACAUUCACAUUUCACUUGACACUACUGAAACCAUCUGCAAGGAUAAAACUUGGCUCACCCAAAUCUGUCACUGUAACAAUCUUAUCAAAUGACAAUGCCUUUGGAAUAAUUUCUUUUAACAUGUCUGCCUUAAUCACAGUGAAUGAGCCUAGGGGCAAAAAUGAAUUUUUGCCUCUCACUCUAAUUAGGGAGAGAGGAACCUACGGGAUGGUCGUUGUAACUUUUGAGAUAGAAGGUGGACCAAACUCAGCUGAAGAAGACUUAAGUCCAGCCAGAGGAAAUAUUACAUUUACCCCUGGGAGAUCAGUGUUGAUUUAUAAUUUAACAGUACUUGAUGAUCAGGUACCUGAAAAUGAUGAAAUCUUUGUUGUUUGUCUGAAGAGCGUGGAGGGAGGGGCUGAAAUCAACAACACAAAAAAGUCUGUUUGGAUCAAUAUUAGGAAAAAUGACAGUCCUGUGCAUUUUGUUCAGAAUGCUUAUAUGGUGCCUGAGGAAGAUGAAGUGGUAACAAUUCAAGUGGUUCGUGGUAAGGAUGCCAGUGGAAAAUUAAUUGGACCUGAUGAAGACGAAGUCUCUGUCAGCUACGCCAUCAUAACUGGGGAUUCAACUGCACAUGCACAGCUUAAUGUAGACUUCCUAGAUCUACAGCCAAAUGCAACUCUUGUUUUCCCACCUCUAAUUCAUGAAACAUAUUUGAAAUUUAUGAUCCUUGAUGAUGCCAUACCUGAAAUUGCUGAGACCUUUCAGAUUAUGCUUCUUAAAGACACUUUGCAGGGAGAUGCUGUUUUGAUUUAUCCAUCUGUUGUUCAUGUCACUAUCCAGCCGAAUGAUAAACCUUAUGGAGUGCUGUCAAUCCACAGUGUUCUGUUAGCUCCAACUGUUACCAUUGAUGAAGACCAAAUUUCAAGAUUUGAAGGGAUCACAAUUGUAAGAAAUGGUGGAACACAUGGAAAUGUUUCUGUUUCCUGGGUUAUAAUCCGGAAUAGCAGUGAUCCUUCACCUGUGACUACAGACCUACACCCAGAGGCGGGGGAGAUAGGUUUUGAUCAAGGACAGAUGCUGGUGACACUUCCCCUGAGCAUUGUCGAUGACGAUAUACCAGAAGAGGCAGAGCCUUUCCUUCUGAAACUCCUAGCUCAUACAGUACAGGGAGGUGCAGAAGUCAGUGAGCCAUCUGAGCUUCUGUUUUACAUUCAGGACAGUGAUGAUGUUUAUGGCCUGAUAAAAUUCUAUCCUUUGGAGAAUCAGAAGAUUGAAAGUAAUCCAGAGGGACGCUUUUUAUCCUUGAGUUUUGCAAGGGAAAGAGGAACAGUUGGAGAUGUGCAGUUGGUUUAUACUGCACUGUACAUUCCAGCUGGAGCUCUGGAUCAUGAGAGAGCAAAAGGUGGCAUUCUAAAUAUGUCUAGAAGAAGUACUCUCAUCUUUCCAGAAGGAAAAGCACAAACUUCUGUAAAUAUACCUAUACGAAAUGAUGCGUUUCUUCAAAAUGGAGCUCAUUUUGUCAUACAGUUGGAAAAGGUUGAGCUGCUGAAUAGAAUUCCUCUUGUGCCACCCAAAAGUCCUAGAUUAGGUGAGAUUCGAAAUAUUUCUUUGAGGAUUACUCCAGAUAUUGCAAAUGGAGAAAUAGGCUUUACUAGCAAUCUUCCAAUUAUUCUUUCUGAACCAGAAGAAUCACCUGAUACAGUGGUUUCCAUUGCAUUGCAUCGAGAUGGGACUGAUGGUCAAGCAACAGUGUUUUGGAGUUUGAGACCCUCUGGUCCUAAUCACAGGGCAGUAACACAGGAUGAUAUAAGUCCUUUUAAUGGCUCUGUUGUUUUCUUAUCUGGACAAAGCGAUACUACAAUCAACAUUACUAUUAAAGCUGAUGAUAUACCUGAAAUUAAUGAAACCGUGUUAUUAACUUUGGACAGGGUAGAGACAGAAAGGUUUGUCGUGUACUUUGGUGUCAGUGUGGAAAAUCAAAUACUGAAAUAUGGGUUUACUACUUGUGAAAUUACUAUUUUAGAAAAUGAUGAUCCUGGAGGAGUGUUUGAAUUUUCUGCUUCUUCUAGAGGUCCCUACAGCAUCAAGGAAGGGGAUUCUGUUGAACUGCAGAUUGUCCGCAGCAGAGGGAGCCUUGUCAGGCAGUUUCUGCGAUACACUGUAGAACCAAUGGACAAUAAUGAGUUUUAUGGAAGCACAGGAAUUCUGGAAUUUAAGCCUGGAGAAAGAGAGAUCAUAAUUACUCUUUUGACAAGGAUGGAUGGAAUUCCAGAGCUGGAUGAGGCAUAUGUUGUUGUGCUCAGUGGCUACAGUGAAAUGUCAGGCAAGCUGGGAAAUGCCACCAGGGUCGAUAUUACCAUUUUGAAGAAUGAUGAUCCACAUGGUGUCAUUCAGUUUCUACCUGAUGAACUGUCAGUAACAAUAAAGGAAAGUAAAGGAGAAAUCAUCUAUGCUGCCUCUUACAGACUCGUAAGAAACCAAGGAAACUAUGGCAAUGUUAGUGUGUCCUGGAUUGUUGAUCCAGCAUGUACCAAUGACAUCUAUCCAGAACAAGGGACUAUUUUCUUUGGCAAUCUGGAGUUUUCAAAAAAUAUCACAAUUUACUCUCUACCAGAUGAGGUACCUGAAGAGAUGGAGGUAUUCAUAAUCAGAUUAUUCAAUGCCACUGGUGGAGCUAGACUGGGCAAUAUAACCACUGCAUUUUUACAGGUUACAAGGAAUGAUGAUCCCAUUUAUUUUGCAGAACCUCUGACAGUGCGCAUUACAGAAGGGAGUGUUGCAAACUUUACAGUCCUAAGGAAUGGAUCUGCUGAUGCUGUUGUUGCUGUUCAGUAUAUUACUGUUAAUGGAGAUGCAACAGCUGAAGAGGGAGACUUUGUUCCCCGUGAAAAGGACAGUUUCAUUCUGUUUGAUAUUGGAGAAAGAGAGCAAACCUUAUCUGUGUAUAUUAAUGAUGAUGAUACCCCUGAAACUGAUGAAGCAUUUUAUAUCUUCCUUUUGAAUUCAACAGGGGAUACUGUUAUAUUUCAUGCUGGAGUGGCUACAGUUAUUAUUGAAGCAAAUGAUGAUCCUAAUGGAAUUUUCUCAUUAGAACCUCUAGAGAAGCCAGUGGAAGAAGGAAAAAGUAAUUUUUUUUUGGUUUUGAGACACAGAGGACACUUUGGAAAUGUCUCCCUAGCCUGGCAGCUGUUUCAUAAUGACUCUACACUGAAGCCAGGAGAAGAGUUCUAUGAAACUUAUGGGACUGUGUACUUCAUGGAUGGUGAAGGAUCAAAGCUGAUAGUGCUCCAUGCUGUUUCAGAUAAAAUUCCUGAAUUCAAUGAAUUUUACAGUUUAAAAUUGGUGAACAUUUCAGGUGGGUCUCCUGGUCCUGGUGGACAGUUGUCUGAAACAAGCCUUGCUGUGACUGUGAUGAUCCCUUUCAAUGAUGAUCCUUUUGGAGUCUUCGUUAUAGAUCCAGAGAGUCAGGACAGAGAGAUAGUAGAAGAUGUUCUGUCUGAAGAUGAUCUUUCCCAUAUUACAGACUUCACUAUCUGGAGACAACAAGGCACUUUUGGUUAUGUCCGUUUAGGUUGGGAAAUAGUGUCCAGUACAUUUCAAGCUGGAUUACCAUCAAUGGUAGACUUCUUGUUGCUGGGAUCAUUUCCAAGUUCAGUGCGAUCUCAGCCACACAUGAGACGCCAUCACAGUGGAACAGAUGCUUUGUAUUUCAGUGGAAAGGAGGAUGCAUUUGGAAUUAUUGGUCUGGAAUACCCAUACAAUGGAAAUACUGCAAUAACUAAUUUUACAUUUUCAGCAUGGUUGAUUCCUAAUGUCAAUACUAAUGGUUACAUAAUUGAAAAGGAUGAUGGUAAUGCAACUUUAUAUUAUGGUGUGAAAAUCCAAACAAAUUAUUCUCAUGUAUCUGUGGUGCUUCAUUAUACAGCAUUGGGAUCCAAUAUGACAUAUAUAGCCAAAGCAGCAGUCCUGAAAUAUCUGGAUGAAAAUACUUGGGUUCACAUUCUGAUUACUCUGGAUGAAAGUAUUAUUGAAUUUUACAUGGAUGGAAUUCCAGUUCUAGGAGGAAUUAAGAGCCUUAAAGGAGAAGCAAUUGCUGAUGGUCCAGGGAUAGUGAGAAUUGGAGCAGGAAUCAAUGGUAACAGCAGGUACACGGGUUUAAUGCAGGAUGUAAGACUUUAUGAAAGAAAAUUGACACAAGCAGAGAUCUAUGAACUCCAUGCAACUCCUGCAAAGAGUGAUGUACACCCUGUCUCUGGGUAUUUGGAGUAUCAGCAAGGAGAAAACAAUAAAUCAUUUAUUGUGUCUGCAAAGGAUGACAAAGAGGAAGAAGGGGAGGAGUUAUUCAUCCUAAAGCUCAUUUCUGUGUGUGGUGGAGCUCGAAUUUCACAAGAAAACACAACAGCAAGAUUAAGAAUACAGAAAAGUGAUAAUGCUAACGGUUUAUUUGGCUUCACUGGAGCAUGUAUUCCUGAGGCUGCUGAUGAGGGUUCCACUAUCUCCUGUGUCGUGGAGCGCACAAGGGGAGCCCUAGACUAUGUGUAUAUAAAUUACAUUAUCUCACAGGUUGAUUCCAGGGGAAUUAAUUACUCUGUUAGCGAUUUUUCUAACAGCAGUGGCACUAUCACAUUCCUUCCUUGGCAGAGAUCAGAGGUCUUAAAUUUGCAUGUUAUUGAUGAUGACAUUCCGGAGCUAAAUGAAUAUUUCCGUGUGACAUUAGUCUCUGCAGUAUCUGGAGAUGGAAAAUUAGGUUCAACUCCUACCAGUGGAGCAAGUAUAGAUCCAGAAAAGGAAACUACUGACAUCAGCAUUAAAGCCAGUGACCACCCAUAUGGUCUACUGCAGUUCUCAGUGGGGCCACCACCUCAGCCCAGUGAUGAAAUGAUUCUGCCAGCCUCUGCUGUGCCCCAUAUUACUGUUAAAGAAGAAGUUGGACACAUCCAGUUAUUGGUAGUUCGUGCACAAGGGCUACUUGGAACAGUUCUUAUGGAUUACAGGACAGUGCCACUUACAGCUUUCAGUCCUAAAGAUUACCAGGCUAUUUGGGGCUCAAUGGAAUUUCAGCCUGGAGAAAGAUAUAAGUACCUUGCUGUUAACAUCACUGACAAUUCUAUUCCUGAAUUAGAAAAAACUUUUAAAGUGGAGCUGUUGAGCCCAGAGGGAGAAGUUGCUGAGCUCUUUAGAAAUGAUGGAAGUGGUAGUGGUGAUGGAAACAUGGAUUUCUUCCUUUCAACUGUCCCUCAACAUGCUAGCUUGGGAAUUGCAUCCCACAUCCUUGUGACAAUUGAGGCCUCUGAUGAUGCUUAUGGUGUGUUUGAAUUCAGUGCUGAGUCCCUUUCAGUGAAUGGAACUGAGCCUGAAGAUGGAGAUAGCACUGUUGUACUGCAGGUUGUGAGAAGUCACGGGACCUUAUCUCAGGUGACAUUGCACUGGAUCAUAAUUUGCGAUCUUACCAACGACCUGAUUGCUACAGAUGGGAAUGUAACAUUUGAUGUUGGCCAAGUGAGAGCAAAUAUUACACUAGAGAUUUCUCCUGAUGAUGUUCCUGAAUUGGAUAAGAUGCUUUCAGUUUUGAUCAUCAAUGUCUCCCUUGGUCGUCUUGGAUAUCAUACUAAUGCAACACUAACGAUUUUAGCGAAUGAUGAUCCAUAUGGAGUUUUCAUCUUUUCUGAGCGAAACAGACCAAUAAAAGUUGAGGAAGAAACAAAAAAUAUCUCUCUGUCAGUUAUAAGAUGUGGUGGUCUCCUUGGUACAGUAAUGGUGAAAUACAGAACUAUUGGUGAUGAAGAAAAGUCGCCCUUUCUUCCACCUGAUGUUAUCAGAGCAAUAGAGGGGAAAGACUAUAUACCUAUUAUAGGUUAUGUGAUCUUCGCAACCAAUGAAAGUGAGGCCACAAUAUCCUUGCCGAUUUUGGAUGAUGAUGAUCCUGAGAGAUCAGAAUCUGUUUUUGUGGAGCUAAGCAGUGUUGUUUUGAUCAAGAAAGUUCAGGAUCGGCCAAUUAUAAAUUCUCCUCGACUUGGCUUAGUGGGUGAGACAAUAGCUCAUGUGAUUAUCAAUGCCAAUGAUGAUGCUUUUGGAACACUUCAGCUUUCAGCUUCAGCUGUGCGAGUUGCUGAAAACUAUGUUGGACCAAUCAUUAAUGUGACCAGAACUGGGGGAAUAUUUUCAGAUGUUUCUGUGAAAUUUAAAGCUAUGCCAAUAACUGCAAUAGCUGGUGAGGACUACAGUGUAGCUUCAUCAGAUGUUGUCUUACUAGAAGGGGAGACAAGUAAAGCUGUGCCAAUUUAUAUAAUUAAUGAUGUCAAUCCCGAACUUGAAGAGUCAUUCUAUAUUCAGCUGCUGAACCAAACAACAGGAGGAGCCUUGCUUGGAUCUUUGACGAGGGCACUUAUAACUAUUGAGGCUUCUGAUGACCCAUUUGGAUCCUUUGUUUUUCAGAAUACCAAAUUCAUUGUGGAGGAGCCUGAAUUUGGAUCAGUAACCAUAAAUCUGCCAAUAAUCCGCAAUGCUGGGACACUGGGUAAUGUUACUGUUCAGUGGGCUGCUACCAUUAAUGGACAUCCUGCUGAUGAUGACUUGCAAGUUGCCAUGGGCAAUAUUACUUUUGCCCCUGGGGAAACCAUUCAGGUGUUGCUGUUGGAAAUCCUGGCUGAUGAUGUUCCAGAAGUAGAAGAAAUUGUCCAUGUAGAAUUAACUCAGGCCUCCAACGGUGGUGCUAUUGGGUUAGAUGGCACAGCAAAUAUUGUUAUACCUGCCAAUGAUAAUCCUUAUGGCACAGUUUUCUUUCAUCAAUCCUCAUAUCGAAUUCAGGAGCCACUAGAAAGAAAUUUACUUGCAAAUAUAUCAGUCAGGAGAAGUGGGGGGAGGUUUGGUCAGCUGCAAAUAUUUUACAGCACGUCUGAGACUGACAUUGUAGCUCUCGCCAUUGAGCAAGGUGAGGAUAUACUGGCCUAUUAUGAGUCUCCUGUACAAGGAAUUCCUGACCAGCCAUCCAAGACCAGAGUGAAUGUGUCAGCAGCAAGUGACCCGCUGUAUGCCUGUGCAACUCAGUGCCUAAAAGAACAAGCAUGUUCAGCCUUUACGUUUUCUGGUGCCUCAGAGAUUCCUCUCUGCCUCUGGCUGACAACAGAGAUCAGGUCAUUAACUAACAUGUCAGGAUUAUGGACCUACAAGAAGAACAUCAGCAGCACACCCAUUCUGUUUAGCACACAAGCCAUUGCUGGUAGUGAUUAUGAAUCUAUCACAAGACAGUGGGCUAUCAUGAAGGAAGGGGAAGAGUUUGCAAAUCUCACAGUUACCAUACUCCCUGACAGCCUGCCAGAACUGGAUGAAAAAUUCACUAUAUGCCUGUUAAAAGUUGAACUACUGAACAUCUCAGCCAGCUUAAAAAAUCAACCAACUAUUGGACAGCCAAAUACUUCCACAGUUACCAUAAUGAUGAAUGGGGAUGCCUUUGGAGUAUUUAAGAUCUACAGUGUAAGUCCCAAUGCAACAGAGAAGGGUCUGUAUAUUGAAGUAGAAGAACGCCCUCAGGCCAACGUGCAGCUAAUGAUACACAGGACAGAAGGCAGCCUGGGACAGGUGGCAGUGGAAUGGCGCGUUGUUGGUGGAACUGCUACCCCAAACUUGGAUUUUGUGGGUGUUGGUGAGAUUCUGGUGUUUGCUGAAGGUGAAACAAAAAAGGUGGUCACACUCACCAUUUUAGAUGAUCCAGAGCCAGAAGAUAAUGAAAGCAUCAUAAUCAGCCUGGUGCAUACUGAAGGAGGGAGUAGGAUUCUGCCCAGUUUCGACACUGUCACAGUGGUUAUCCUGGCAAGUGACAAUGUGGCAGGAAUCGUUAGCUUCCAGACAGCUGGAAGGUCUGUUAUUGGUCGUGAAGGAGAACAACUGCAAUUCCAUGUUGUAAGAACUGCCCCAGGACUGGGAAAUGUUACUGUUGAGUGGAAAAUAGUUGGACAUAAGGCACAACACAAUUUUGAAUACUAUUCUGGUAUUCUCUUUUUUCCUGAGGGGGUAUUGAAUACAACAUUAUACAUCCAUUUGCUGGAUGACCAUAUUCCAGAAGAAAAAGAAGAAUACCGAAUCAUCCUAUACAACAUCAAAACAGAAGGUGUUUCUCCUGCUGGUGCUGCUGUUUUGGAUAGUCAAGGAUAUGAAGCUGUUCUGACAGUUGAAGCUAGUGAUGAACCACAUGGACUAUUGAAUUUUGCUUCUCCAUCCAGGGUAGUUUUGCUUCCAGAGGAAAACAAAACAGUUCAGCUUUUUAUUAACAGAGAAUUUGGAUCUCUAGGUGCCAUCAAUGUUACAUAUGCCACAGUUCCCGGAUUGAUAUCCUUAAGUAACCAGACAGAGGGAAGCUUGGCUGAACCAGGAGCUGAUUAUGUAGCUGUUUCUGACUCAGUGAUUUUGGAAGAAGGAGAAACAUCAGCUGCCAUAAAUGUUACUAUUCUAGAGGAUGCUGUACCAGAAGUGCAAGAAUUCUUCUUGGUUAAUUUAACUUCAGUGGAGCUUAUCAUGAACCAUUCAACUUCCUCCCCACCUAGGCUGGUGACAGAGUUAAUUCGUUACAGACUGAAAGAUAUGGAAGGUUUAGCUUCUCAAAUUAUUAUUGAUGCUAAUGAUGGAGUAAGCGGAGUAGUUGAAUGGGAAAGUACCAAUUUUGAAGUUUAUGAAUCUCAUGGUAAUCUGACAAUAACGGCAUAUCGAAACAAAGGGUCUUAUGGCAACGUGUCUGUGUUUUUUUAUGCCCAAAAUUUGGAGGCACAGCUGGGCUUGGAUUUUAAUGUGAUCCCAAGGACUCUUUUUUUUGCUGAUGGAGAAAGGAAUCAAUCUGUUGUCAUUGUGAUUUUUGAUGAUGAUAUUCCUGAAGGUGUUGAGAAGUUCCAGUUAAUUCUAACAAAUCCUUCAUUUGGCCUGGAAUUAGGGGAGAACACAACAGCCACAAUUACUAUAUUUGCCAAUGAUGAUGGACAUGGAAUUUUGUCAUUCAAUAACAGUGAUCACUUCUUCCUAAGAGAGCAAACAGCUCUCCAUCUGAUGGAAAGUGUUGCAGUAUUAAAUAUCAUUAGAGAACCUCCUCAGGGAAUAUUUGGAACAGUGUCUGUUCAGUAUCUUGUAAGUGAAAUUAAUUCUUCAGUACCAUCAGUGGAUUUGACCCCUUCUCAAGGAUACAUUGUGCUGGAAGAGGGAGUCAGAUUUAAGACACUACAUAUUUCUGCAAUCCUGGAUGAAGAACCAGAGUUGGAUGAGCACUUUAUUGUCACCCUGUUCAAUCCAACUGGAGGAGCCAGACUAGGCACCAGAGUGCACACUAUGAUUACAGUAUUACAGAACCAGGCUCCACUGGGGCUUUUCAGCAUCUACCCAGUUACAAAUAGGACAAAUAUCUUCACAGUUGAAGAAGCGAACACUACAGUUUAUUUGGAAGUUUCACGGAGUAAUGGGCUCAAUGUGUCUGUGAGUGUUGAGUGGGAGACAUUGUCGGAUACUGCAUUUGGCAUCAGGGGUAGUAUCAGUGUUCUGUCUGUCUUGCAAAGCUUUGUGGAAGAGUCAGUAGCUAGCUGGUGCUUCAUUUCAUCAGAAGAAAUUCUGUAUGGUGUGCUGCUGCGCUCACCUCCAGCUAUUUUUUCUACUCUCUACCAGUGGAAAGGAGUUUUUGUUGCCAUUGAGAAUUUCAAUAUGUGGAAUCCUAAAAGCUGUGUGUCUUUCCAAAUCAAUGCAUCUCCCUACCUUGUGAUUGCUCAUGGAGGAAGCAGUCGAGGAGCUUCCAACUGCAGUGUAUAUGCAUUCAUGCCUGGACGCAAACUACUGAAGUUACAGACCCUCUCUAUUUUGGACACCACACUUGUCAAACAUUUUGCUGUGGAUGAAGAAGACUAUUUGGUUUUUGUGAGUGAUAACAGCAGCUUCAGUUCCAUCCAGGUUUUCCAGUGGAAUAAAGAAAUAUUUGUGCUGCAUCAUCAACUUCCACUCUACAGAGUUCUGAAUGUUGCCUUGUUUCCUCGAGGAGGCAUUAUGUACUUAAUAGUUUCUUUGUCAAAUACCAGCCAGAAUGUGCUGCUGUACCAGUGGAUGAAUAAUGAGUUUAGGAAUCUUCAUCAGUUACCAGCAAAGGAAGUACAACAUAUGGAGGCCUGGACUUCUGGAUCUGAUAUAUAUUUAAUUGUUGCAAAAGAAACUGAAAAUUCUGAAAUUUUCAUCUGGGAGACAGGGCAGUCUACCUUCAGACAUUUUCAGUCUCUUCCAGUCUCUGCUGUAAGAUACAUCCAUGUUUUCAUGCCUCCUUCAGGUUUAGUUCACAUCAUCCUCUCCAGUAAGGACACAACAGCACUGUAUUCCUGGAACUCGGAAGGGAACCAGUUCUCUCUGAUGCUGGAAGCCCCAUAUGCAGAUCAUAUCACUUCCACAACUGCAAGGUCUCUUAACUCAAGCAAGAGCUUGAUUGCCCUUUCCGUAGAGUCAAGCUCCCAGAUUUAUGAGCUGACUACUAUCUCCAACCAGUCAGAUUUUAUACCUAGUUCAGGUGAAUUGAUGUUUGAGCCUGGAGACAUGGAAGCUGUGAUAGCAGUCAAUAUCCUGGAUGACAUCAUCCCAGAGGAAGAAGAAUGUUUCAAAGUGUGGCUGAAAAACCCUAAAGGAGGUGCAGAGAUUGGUGUUCACAGUUUUGUUAACAUAAUUAUUCCUCCCAAUGACAAUGCCUAUGGAGUCAUUGCAUUUUCUCAGAGUUCUUUAUUUAAGCAAAUUGAAGAAAUGGAACAAGACAGCUUGAUCACCCUGAAUAUUGAACGUUUAAUAGGAACAUAUGGACGAGUUACAGUAGAGUGGAUUGCUAAUGGGAGCCUGAGUGAUGUAUUUCCAGCUUCAGGAAUGAUUACAUUUUCAGAAGGUCAGGCCCUGUCCACAAUCACCCUGACAAUUCUCGCAGACAGUGUUGCAGAACUUUCAGAGGCAGUGGAAAUCACACUCACCCGUAUCACCACUGUGGAUGUUCAAGAUACCACAAAAGGAGCUGUCAUUGAUCCCAAAAGGGCAAGAGCUGUACUUAGCAUUUUACCCAGUGACUCUCCAUAUGGUGUGAUUGAAUGGCAUAUGGAGUCUCUCUUUGUUAAAGUCAAAGAGCCAGAAGGGCAGGAGAAUUCAACCACUGUUACUCUACAAAUUGUUCGAGAACAAGGAUUUGUUGGAGAUCUUGCAGUUCAGUUGAGCAGUGCACCAAACUUUGAACUCCCCCCUUCCAACCGAGCAACAGAAAAUGAGGAUUAUAUACUGGAAAAGAAAACAGUCAUUAUGGCAGAGAAUGCAACAGCAACUUCAGUCAUAGUCACUAUUUUGCCUGACAAUAUUCCAGAAUUACAGGAAGUAUUUAUAAUCAAUAUUACUGAUGUGCAUCUGGUCACUUCUUCCUCUGGAGGUCAGCCAAGUGUGAAGAGGCUCGGAGUAGAAAUAGCUGAAAUAACAAUUGAAGAAAAUGACGAUGCCAGAGGAAUAUUUAAUUUUAAUGUUACAAAGGAUAUCACUGGAACUGUUUCUGGUUAUGAGGUACCACCACCACAGAAUGUACUGAAACUGCCAGUUGUUCGACAGGCUGGGAGGUUUGGGUCAGCAACUCUGUACUGGGAAGCCAUUCAUUCAACUGCCAGCUUUGAAGACUUCACACCAUCAUUUGGAAACCUUACAUUUGCAGAUGGGCAGGCUACAGGAGAAAUAGAAAUUACAAUCAUAGAUGAUAUUGAAGUUGAAUUCCUUGAGAUAUUCAAAAUUGCCCUGGUGAGGGUAACAGGUGGUGCAAGACUUGGGAAUGACACCCUGGUAACUGUCGCUAUUCCACCAAAUGAUUCCCCUGUUGGGGUAUUCGGGUUUGAAGAAAAGAAUGUAACUGUGAAGGAGCCUCAGACACCUGAUGACCCUGCUGCAGUUGUUUUGCUCAAUGUAAGUCGAAGUUGGGGAGGACGAGGAGCAGUUACAGUGUUAUGGAUAGUCGAGGAAGCAGCCAGAUAUGAUCUGACUCCUCUAAAUGGUACCCUUCAUUUCAAUGAGACUGAGUCCCAGAAGAAGAUUAUUUUACACGCAAUACAAGAUGGUCUGUUGGAGGGGAAUGAAACAUUCACUGUUCAGCUAGUCUCUACUGGUGGUGCAGAGAUAUCCCCUGUACAUGGUGUUGCAACCAUCAUUAUUAUUGGAGACGAAGGAGCUUCUGGGGUGGUUGGGAUAGCUCAUUCAUCCAAGCAUGUUUUGAUUGGAGAACCUUCAGGAAAUUAUAAUGGAAGUGCUCUUAUUAGCCUGGUACGUGGCCCAGGGAUUUUUGGGGAGAUCAUAUUAUAUUGGAAUAUAACACCUUCUCAUCAGACAGAAUUUAUUGAGGUAUCGGGGACCUUGACCAUGCGAGAUAGGCAGUCUGCAGCAGUUGUUCUAAUACAGGCUGUAGAUGACAACUGUCCUGAAGAGAAACGUUACUACCAGUUUCAGCUAACCCAAAUCAGUGAUGGAGGUCUCAUAAAUGAAUCUAGCAGCACAGCAAAUAUUACCAUGGCUGCCAGUGAUUAUCCAUAUGGAGAGUUUACAUUUUCCCAUGAACUAUUGCAAACCACAGAGGAGGAAAAAUGGGUUAACAUCACAGUUGUGCGUUCCAGGGGGUCCUAUGGCAGAGUGCGACUUUGCUUUCAGAUAAUAAAUGGGACUGCAGAGGAAGGAAUGGAUUUUUCUCCCACAGUAAGGGAAAUUGUGUUUGAACCAGAGGAAGAAAGUAAAAUUAUUUUGAUUGAAAUUCAUGAUGAUGACUUUCCUGAAGGCCCUGAAAACUUUUCAUUGAAGAUUACUGAAGUGGAACUCCAGGGAAGUGGAUUUGAUUUUACUAUAAGAGAGAAUGGCCUACAGGUGGAUCAACCUCCAAUAAUAGGAAAUAUCUCCACAGUAUGGGUCACUAUUGCAAAAAAUGACAAUGUUGAAGGUGUCAUAGAAUUUGAUCCACAGUAUGUUCUUCUACAAGUGGAAGAGGAUGCUGGAUUAAUCAUGAUUCCUGUUUUGAGAAAGCAUGGAACUUAUGGCACUGUCACAGCUGAUUUUCUUUCUCGAAGUAUUUCUGCGCUGCCUGAUGGCAUUGACUAUAUCGUUCAUAAUAGUACUGUAAUUUUUUACCAUGGACAGAACCAGUCUUUUAUUUAUAUCUCUAUUAUAAACGAUGAAGAAAGUGAAUUUGCAGAACAAUUUGAAAUCCAGCUGACAGGAGCCACUGAUGGAGCAGUCCUGGGGCUCCACCUGAUAAGCCAGAUCACCAUUGCAAAAAGUGACUCUCCCCAGGGCUUGGUCCGAUUUCUCAACCAAAGCCAAAUUAUUCUUCCUAACCCUGAUGCAACCACAACAGUGUCCCUGGUGGUGGAAAGGACUGGGCGUUUGGUGGAGGCGCAGAUUAACUGGGACAUUUUGGGACCCAAUGCAGAAGAGAUUUUGUCUCCUCUGAAUAGCGACAUUGGUGCCCCUGUGAAUGGAUCAUUCUAUUUUGAAGAAGGAGAAGGGGGUUUGAGAACAAUUAAUCUACAAAUCUAUCCUCAUGAAGAAGUUGAAGUUCAGGAAACCUUCAUUAUUCGACUGAGCCUUAUAAAAGGUGAAACAGAAAUAGAUUCUAAGGCAAACAGCAUUACAUUAAUAAUAGAGAAGUUUGGUGAUCCCAAUGGAAUUGUGCAGUUUGCUCCUGAAUCAUUAACUGAGAGUAACUAUUCAGAGCCCUCAAGAGAAGAAGGGCCACAAAAUAUUACACUGUUUGUCAGAAGAAUUCAAGGCAUUCUGGGGAACAUAACGGUUUACUGGGAAAUAUGCAGUGAAUCUGACAUCACAGGUGACUUUCUUGAGACAGAGGGAUCUGUUGUCAUUGCUGACCAGCAGAGUACAGCUGAGAUAAUUAUCUACCUGUUACCUGAUGAUGUUCCAGAACUGGAUGAAAAUUAUGAGGUACAGCUGAUUUCAGUGGAAGGUGGAGCAGAUUUAGAUCAUGAGAAAGGAAUUUCAAAGAUCACAGUGUUUGAAAAUGAUGAUCCAUAUGGAGUGUUUGCCCUGUACUCUGAUCAGCAGUCAGUAUUGGUAGAAAAAGCCCUGGAUCGAUAUGUUCAGAUUAAUGUAACUCGGCAUGCUGGGGCAUUUGGAGAAGUGAUGGUCGAGUACCAUGUCAUAUCCCUUCAUGAUGAAGCACUAAUUGAACCUGGGAAUGAGGUGGGAUUCCUCACAAUAAAGGAUGGUGCCAGCUUUGGAGUAAAAAGAGUGCCAAUAAACAAUCAGGCAUUUAUUUUAUUUGGCUUGAAUUUUACUCUGGAACUAACUAAUGUAAGCCUGGUUAGGGGAAGUGCCAAGGAUGUGCCUAAAAUAUUAAGAACAGCAAAGUCUGCUGUGCUGCUUAUUCCUGAGGAAGCUGCCAAUUCACAGGUUGGCUUUGAAUCUGUGAUAUUACAACUUACAAAUAUUGUAGCAGGGACAGGCCACGCUGUCAUAACCAGAAGAGGAGUUUAUGGCUCUGUAAUAGUUAGCUGGAUUUCAGGAUGCCCACCAGACCUAGUCACUGACUCUCUUAAACUAGGCAAUAUUACUCCUCCAUUUGGUACUGUUAUGUUUUCCUCUGGGGAGAAAAGUAAAGUGAUUUCAUUUCAGGCUACUCCAAGCCUAAAUGAACCCGAGACAUUUGCCAUCACUUUAACAGAAGUGCACAGCAAUGUGCCUGGUGGAGCUCGCCUGAGAUCAGGAUUUACAAUAGCUAAAAUUGAGCCAAUGGGGAUAUUCCAGUUUGAUCUUAACUCAAGAUCAGUUUCAGUUGAAGAAGAUGUUCAGGUAGUCAGACUGUGUGUCCAAAGAUUAUUUGGUUUUCAAAGUAAUCUCACUAAACUGACAUAUGAGACCAUUCCAGGAAGUGCCAAACCACUAGAAGACUUCAUACCCAUCUACAAUGGAGAGCUUAUGCUGUUGCAUUUUCAGACAAAUGCAGUGAUAGAAAUAUCAAUAAUUGAUGACACUGUGUCUGAAAUACAAGAAUUUUUUUUUGUAAACCUGACUUCUGUGGAAAUUCUGGAUGUUCAACCUGUGAGCCUUGAUUGGAGUCCCCGUUUGAAUCCAGCUUUCAGUGUUGCAACAGUUAAUAUCCUGGCUAAUGAUAUGCAUCAUGGAAUACUAAGUUUGGGGCCAGAGUUUAUUUAUGUUGAAGAAGAUACAAACAACAAUACCUCCAACACAGCAGUACUUCAGAUCAGAAGGACCAAGGGAUUUAUUGGUAAUAUUAAAAUAACUGUUAAAACCUUUGGGGGAGUGAGUGCACAGAGUGGAGUAGAUUUGUAUCCUUUUGGAAAUGUUUAUGGAAAAUCAAACUUCACAUGGGCAAUAGAAGGAGAAGAUUUUGAAGAACAGACAAUCACUCUUACUUUGUUGGAUGGAGAAAGUGAAUGCCAAUUGUCCAUAAAAAUUUUUGAUGAUGAUGAGCCUGAAGGACAAGAAUCGUUUUAUGUUUUUCUCUCAAAUCCUGAAUAUGGAGCCCAGAUUGUGGAAGGAAAGGAUGAACAUGGAUUUGCUGCUUUUGCAACAGUAAUUAUUGCAGGAAGUGAUCUCCAGAAUGGCAUUUUGGGAUUCAUUCCAGAAGUACAAAGUGGCCUGAUACUUGAUGAAGACUCAGAAAACAGAGAGGUGCUGCUGACUGUUGCACGGCAACCAAACAGGGCUUUUGAAGAUGUAAUGAUCUUCUGGCGUGUGACCUUUAAUAAAACAGCGGUUGUCCUUCUGAAAGAUGGUGUGAAUUUGGAAAAUGAAUUUGUAUCUGUCCUGGGGGCCACGACAUGUGUGGCAGGUCAAACUAUGUGCAACAUCUCCAUCGAAAUAAAACCUGAUCAUGUACCAGAAUUUGAAACUUAUGUUUUUGUUGAGCUGUAUGCUGUAAGCACAGGAGCUGCUUUGAACAACAGUGCCAGAUUUGCUUUUAUAACUGUCCUGGAAAGUGAUGCUCCUCAUGGUUUAGUGUAUUUUGCUGUGGGAUCUCGAUUUGCUGUGGCUUAUAAGAAGACAGCUUUAAUCAGUCUACAAGUUCUUAGAGAUUCUAGUACAUCAGUAACCACAAUGGUUAGCUACAGUAUGCAGGAGCUGCAAAAACCUGAACCUAUUGGACGGACCUUCAUAUCUCCAGCUGUGGCAGGACAAGAUUUUGCCAGAUCUGAAGGUCUACUAACUUUUGAACAUGGACAGAGAAAUGCAUUCCUGGAUGUGACCCUGACUCCAAAGACAGGAUCUUUAAACCCAUUUCCUAAACGUUUCCAGGUUUUACUUUCUAAUCCCACAGGCGGUGCCAGGGUAGAUGAUGUGUAUGGUAUUUCUAACAUCACCAUUGUCUCAGAUUUGGAUUCCUUGCCAGUUUGGGGAUUGAUUGAUCAACUACAUCAGCCUCUUGAUGACACUAUUUUACACAGAAUCCUUCAGAAUCUGAAUGUCAAAGUGGCUACAGAAACUACAGAAGAGCAACUUACUGCUGUGGUGCAUAUAGUAGAUAAGGUUACAGGUGUAGGUGAAAAAUUGUUACUCACUGAUAAAAGUAGAAGUCUUUUCUAUGAGAUACUCUGUGCUCUAGCAAGCCCAAAACGCAAGGACACGCAAGGAUAUAGCCUGCUUGCUGAGGUGACUGAGAAGUUUGCUUUUUCUCUGUUGACUGGGAUAAAGUGUGGAUCACCAGGAGAAAGAGGCAAAAAUAUCCUUGACAGCUGCCCAUAUAUUGCAAUAAUGGCUCACAACUGGUUUCCUCAACAAAUCAAUGGACAUAGAUUUAAUGGAAAAGAUGGGGAUUCUCUUCAAGUACCUGAACAUCUCCUAGAAGUCUCUGUAGUAUUAUCAUCUUCUCAGGAAGAGAAUUGUGAAUCUGUACAGUUCACAGAAUACAGCAGUCAGCAAUGGUUCCUUACUAGAGAUAAAGAACUUGCCCUGAGGAACAAGGUUUUUUCAAUGAGCUUGAAGGGUCAGAGUUCACAACCCUUGAAAGAUAACAAUGAAGUAAUUUAUCGUGUUUAUGCUGAAGGAAGUCGGAUUGUUCCGCAAAAGUCUCUAUGUCUCCUCUGGAAUCAAGCUGCUGAAAGCUGGCUGUCUGAUAGCGGGUUCUGCAAAGUGGUUGAUGACACAUCAGAUUAUGUGGAAUGCUCCUGUUCUCAUAUGUCCAUUUAUGCAGUUUAUGCCCAAACAGAUAACUUGUCUUCAUACAACGAGGCUUUUUUUUCUUCUGGAUUCAUCUGCAUUUCAGGUUUCGCUUUGGCUAUCAUCUCCCACCUUUUCUGCACCAGAUGUGCCAUGUUUGCAGCUAAACUUCUCACUCAUAUGAUGGCUGCUUGUUUGGGUACUCAGGUUUCCUUUCUGGCCUCUGCUUAUAUGAGCCAGCAUAUCUCAGAGGAAAGCUGCUUUGCCCUUGCAUCAGUUACUCAUUACCUUUACCUUUGCCAGUUCAGCUGGAUGCUGAUUCAGGCUGUUAAUUUCUGGUAUGUCCUUGUGAUGAACGAUGAACACACGGAGAGACGCUAUCUGCUUUAUUUCCUUUUGAGUUGGGGGCUUCCAGCUUUUGUUGUUAUCCUUCUUCUAAUUAUCCUGAGAGGAAUUUACCAUCACAGCACAGCACAGAUUUAUGGCCUUGUCUACGGUGAUCUGUGUUUCGUUCCAAAUGCCUAUGCUGCUCUCUUCACUGCUGCUCUGGUGCCAUUAAUGUGCUUGGUGGUGGUUUUUGUGGUGUUUAUCCAUGCCUAUCAGGUGACUCCUCAAUGGAAGGCAUAUGAUGAUAUUUUCAGAGGAAGAACAAAUGCAGCAGAGAUCCCUUUGGUCCUGUACCUCUUUGCCCUGGUUUCCAUCACCUGGCUGUGGGGAGGACUGCACAUAGCUUACCGGCACCUCUGGAUGUUAGUCUUCUUCAUCAUCUUCAACAGCCUGCAGGGUCUUUAUGUCUUUGUGGUAUAUUUUAUCCUGCACAACCAACUUUGCUGUCCUGUGAAAGCAAGUUACACUGUAGACAUGAAUGGGCACACAGCUUCAGGAUCAGCAUUUUUCACACAUGGCAGUGGUCUGCCAGCUGCAGGAGGAGAGAUCAGCAAGUCUACACAGAACCUCAUCAGUGCUAUGGAAGAGGUACCUGCAGACUGGGAGAGGGCAUCCUUGCAGCCUGCUAGUCAAGCUAGUGCUGCCUUUAAGCAGAGUCCACAAAACAGUAAUGUUUUCCACCCUUCUGGAGGAUUCAGCACCAGCUCAUUAGUUGCUGAUGAGGAAUCACAAGAGUUUGAUGACCUAAUAUUUGCCUUAAAGACUGGUGCAGGUCUCAGUGUCAGUGAUAACGAGUCUUGUCAUGGCAGCCAGGAUGGUGGCAGCAUGGCUAACUCCCAGAUUGUAGAGCUUAGAAGAAUACCCAUAGCUGACACUCACCUCUAA